CUUGCUGAAAUAUUUUCGCCGAUCAGGGUUAGGGUGUGUGCGUGUAUUUGGCUCUCCGUGUUCCGGCAGUUUUGGAUUUCAAGAUCAACAACACCAUGUCCAUGAACCCUCAUCGAGUCACGUCCUGUAUACCUCGUCGUUCCUGGUCUGCUGCUGCUGCUGCUGCUCGUUGUGUUCACCAACCAGGGCCCGCCUUCCACUCAGCCGCCGCCGCCGCCGCCAACUUCAAAUUCAACCCUUCAACAUCAGCGCCUCCUCUUCGGACUACCAUUGUCCUCCAAGCCGCCCUCCCUAACACUUUUACCACCCAGCCACACAGGAACCUCCACAUAACCACCGCCAAAAUGUCCACCGCCCCCGAUGCAUCCGCCGCCCAGCAGCUCAUCGAAAAGUCCAAAUUCCUCGCCGCCAACCGCGCCGUAACCGAGCACCUCUCCCCCACCUACCGACACAUCGGCAUCGGCUCCGGCUCCACCGUCAUCCACGUCGUCGACGUCAUCUCCAAGCUCGGCACCACCAUCACCGGACCCAUGACCUUUUACCCCACGGGCGACCAAUCCCGCGACCUCAUCCAAGCCGCCGGUUUUCGCCUGGGUUACCUCUCCGACCUAUCCCCCGGCCACGCGCUCGACGUGUGCUUCGACGGCGCCGACGAAGUCGACCCCGCUCUCAACCUCAUCAAGGGCGGCGGCGCCUGUCUCCUCCAGGAAAAACUCGUCGCCACCGCUGCGCGCAAGUUCGUCUGCGUCGCGGACUCGCGCAAGAUUAGCAACCACCUAGGCACGCAGUGGAAAAAGGGAAUCCCCAUUGAGGUGUUCCCCAUGGCGGUGCCGCAGGUGUUGGGCGAGUUGGAGCGACUGGGGCGUCUAAGCGCGCAGGUGAGGUCGGGCCUACCGGGCAAGGCGGGCGCGUGCGUCACGGAUAAUGGAUUGAGGAUCGUGGAUGCGGUGUUUAAGCCGCUGUUGACGGAACUGCCAGAGGGCAAGCAGGAAGGGGAGGAGGGCGUGUGGACGGUGGAUGGGCUGGCGAGACGGUUGAUUGAGAUUCCGGGCGUGGCGGAGCAUGGGUUGUUUUAUGGAAAGAGCGGGUUGGAGGUGGAGAGCGGGGGUGCGCAGAAGCCGGUGGCGGCGUACUUUGGGAUGGAGGAUGGGUCGGUCAUGGUGCAGACGCUGGAGAAUGGCUUGGUUAAGGCGUGAGAUUGCGAUUGCUUUGAGGAGAAAAGAAAAGGUGGACGGGACUGCUUCAAAUAAAGGUCACGCGGAAUGCUGCAUUACAUGUUUGUUGUGGUGGGUUCAUAGGCCGUCUUUCAGUGGUUGUUGUUUAUGCCAUGAACGAUUUUCAUCGGCCGAGAUGGCCAUGAAACCGAUAAUAACCCGACUUAUCAUUGCGGGUUGUAUGCGUGACAUGCGAACCAGCUCACCACUAUUGCCUCGAGUCGAUGGAGUCACGGAGAUCCAAGUGGUCUCAUGGCCUGACAAGUGAAAUACUGUGACCGGCAGCUACUUAUUACCAUCUUAGCUCAUGUAGAGGUAGGUAGGUAGGUAGGUUUUGACUGUAAGUGUAUGAUAUGUACUCCGUAUAUCCUCCUUACAAAGAGCAGAAAAAGGAGGAGGGGAAUCUCAUUUCUGGAGCACUCCGU